CGAGCGGCGCUCGGCGCUGGGUUCGGCGCCCCUCGUGUGUGAGGAGCCGCCACCCUCCGGGCGCGGCGUCCCGGGAAGGAGCCCGGGAAGGAGCCCGGGAGGGAGCGCUCCGCCCCGGAGGAAACUGAAGGUGUUUACUUCCUUUGAUGUACCUGGCUCUGAUUGUUUGUAUCAGAAGUGACGUGCAAGAAGGGAACCAAGAGGAGAGAAGGACAGUACUUUGUGCAGAAUGGAACAGCUGAGCCUCCUGGGGACCAGAGCACUCUGAAGAAGCAAUGGGUAGUGGCAGAAUUUUUUCAGGGCAUUCAAAAGGGAUGUUCUUGCUGAUUCAAGACCAAACAGUUCUGUCCAGGACUCUACACUGGGGAUAAGGACAUGGGACUCCUCCUGCCAGAUUCCAGCUGGUUCAUCACAACUGACAUCUUGGCUGACAACUGUGAAAAGGAUCUGCGGAUUAUUCUAUUUUAUUUUUGUGGGAGACCACAAUCCCCAAACUCUAGGACAUAUCAGGUUCCAUAUUUCUUGUAGAAUUUUAAAAUAACCUUUUCUAAUGAGGAUGUCUGAUAUUCUUACUGUAAAAGAUGAAACUGAUGCAAUGAAGGGUUCAGAAGCUGAAUUUAAAGAUACAGACCCAGUUGAAAACCUAAAAAAAUCAGGAAGUCAGGAAGAGAUUCAAGUGGAAAAGGAUGAAAAUUGCCCUGAUAACAGGAACAAUAUGCCGCGGCCAGCGCAGUCCUUUGCCCAGACGGCCAAAAGGUCCAAGUCAAACACAAAGUUAAAGUUAGUUCGGAGCCUUGCUGUAUGUGAAGAAUAUCCACCACCUCCCACAGCUGAAAUAUCCCAGGACCUCCAGGAGAAAAUUCAGAUCCAGUUGUCACAGUCUUUUGAAAAAGAAGAAAAACCUGCAAAAGAUGAAUCAGAAAAGGAAAAAUCCAGUGAUAAACUGUCCAGAAAAAUGUUAUCAAGAGAUUCCAGCCAGGAGUAUACAGAUUCCACUGGUAUAGAUCUUCAUGAAUUUUUAGUAAAUACAUUAAAAAACAAUCCCAGGGACAGAAUGAUGCUGCUGAAAUUAGAACAGGAAAUUUUAGAUUUCAUUGGUAAUAAUGAAGUACCAAGAAAAAAGUUUCCCCCAAUGACAUCUUACCAUAGAAUGCUGUUGCACAGGGUAGCUGCUUACUUUGGAUUAGAGCACAACGUGGACCAGAGUGGGAAGUCAGUCAUAGUAAAUAAAACUAGCAAUACAAGAAUACCUGACCAAAAGUUUUGUGAGCAUAUAAAGGAUGAGAAGAGCGAUGACUUCCAGAAGCGGUACAUCCUUAAGAGAGAUAACUCUAGUUUAGACAAAGAUGACAACCAGAUGAGAAUACGAUUAAAAGAUGACAGAAGAAGUAAAUCUAUAGAAGAACGUGAAGAAGAAUAUCAGAGAGCUAGAGAAAGGAUAUUUGCACAAGAUUCCCUGUGUUCCCAAGAGAAUUAUUUCACUGAUAAAAGAAUCCAGGAGGAAGAAACUAAUAGUACCCAACAAAGACGACAGAUACUUAGAAUCAAUAAGGAGGCAUCGGGGAGGUCGGCCAACAGCCACCAGAGCAGCACGGAGACGGAGCCGCGGCCCUGGAGCAGCACGGACUCGGACAGCUCCCUGCGCAACCUGAAGCCCGCCGUCACCAAGGCCAGCAGCUUCAGCGGCAUCUCGGUGCUCAGCCGCGGCGACAGCUCCGGCAGCAGCAAGAGCACGGGCAGGCUGUCCAAGACAGGUUCAGAGUCUUCUAGUAGUGUAGGGUCCUCCACGGGUUCUCUCUCUCACAGCCAGCAGCCUCUUCCAGUGCCAGCUCUAAGCCAGCCCUCCCCUGGCACGCCUGCCGUGUAUCCAACUGUCAGCUCUAGUAACUCUCUUUCAUUUGAUGGUGGCAUGAGCGGGCAAGUGGCACCUGCUGCUGGCAGUAGCUUCUUUCUGCUUCCCUUGGAAGCAGCGGGCAUCCCGCCUGGCAGUGUGCUGGUCAACCCUCAAACAGGUCAGCCGUUCCUCAACCCCGAUGGCACUCCGGUUGUGUACAACCCUCCCCUGCCUCAGCAGCCUGUUAGGAGCCAAGUGCCUGGAGCUGCCCCUCAGCCAGCCCUGCCCAGCCCCAGCCAGCACCAGCCCGGAGCAAACCCCGUCCUCUCACAGCCUCUGCGGGCUCUGCAGCCUUCCUCCCAGCCUGUCCAGUACUCUGCAGUGUCGUACCCACCCCCGCUCCUGCCAGCCUCCUCUGCACAGCAAUACUCUGUGCCAGACACCCUGGGAUCGCAGUUCAGCCACCUGAGCCUGGCGCGGCAGCCCCCGGCCGAAGGCGCCGAUGCCGGCCCGGCGCUGUUCCAGCCCGGCGUGGUGCUGCAGCCCCCGCAGCCGCCGGGCUUCAUCCUCACGGCCGCGCCCGCAGCGCCGCCCGCAGCGCCAGCCGCGCCCGCCCCGCCCUACUCGGGCCCCGGGCACGCCGUGGGCCAGCCCGUGCUCCCGCAGCAGGGAUUCGUGCAGCAGCCCGUGCCACAGAUGCCCCCCUGUUACUGCACGCCCAGCCAGUACCCGCCCUCCGGCCAGCAGUACCGCCCUGUGUCUGUGCAUUACAGCGCGCAGCAGAGCCCGGCCCUGCCCCAGCCCGCCCAGCAGACAGGUUACCAGAUUUUGCCCAACCAGCAGCAAAACUACCAGGGUUUAGUUGGAGUUCAGCAGUCUCAGAAUCAAAAUCUAGUCAGUGGCCAACACAACAACAUUGGGAAUCAAAUUCAAGGUGUGAUUGUUCCAUAUCCCUCAGUGCCAUCUUAUCAGGUUUCGGUGCCUCAAGGUUCCCAAGCAGUGCCCCAGCAGACAUAUCAGCAGCCUGUUAUAAUUCCCAGUCAGUCCAGCCAAGGACUGCCCAGCACAGGAAUGCCAGUCUACUACAGUGUCAUUCCAUCAGGUCAACAGAACAAUCUAAGUUCAUCUGUGGGAUAUUUGCAGCCUCCUGGAUCAGAGCAGAUACAGUUUCCUAGAACAUCAUCACCAUGCAACUCACAGCAGCUUCAAGGACAGCAGUGUGCAGUUUAUAGCAACCAUUCAAGUCAGAAGCCAUCACCUCCUACAUUACUGCCACCUUCAUCCAAGUCAAAGCCACAGCAGGCUGCUUCCAUUGUGCACUACAGCAUAGUGUCUCCACCCUCAUCAUGUAAAAGUUCACCCACUGGUCUUUCCAUCAUGCAGCCAAAAAAAGCCGCGGCGCCGCCGCCCGCCGGGGGCGUGCUGAUGAUGCAGCUCAGCGUGCCCGGCAGCGCCGCGCCGCGGAACCCGUCCCCGCCGCAGAGGAAACCCGGCAAGUACUACUGUGAGCACCCCCGCGGGCACAAGGCCACGGAACUCAGCACUUUAGACGGAGCUGCACAGCUGCAGCACAGUCCUCAGCUGGGCAGCCCUGCCACCUCACCGGCCCAGUCACCAGCACCAGCCCAGCUGUCAAACAUGAAGAACAUCCGUCCCACACUGACACCUCUUUCCAUCGUGUCCCAGUUUUCUAGACCUUUUGUCCCUGGACAAGGAGAUGCCAGAUACCCAUUGCUUGGCCAGCCCCUGCAAUACAAUCCAUCUUUGUUACGUGGACAAGUAACAAGCCAACAGUGUCAGCCUGGAAACAGACAUGGAAACAGGGGAAAGAAACCAGCAAAGAAGGCUGCUUCAGCAGAUCUUGGUGCAGGAGAACCAGUUGUGGGGAAAGUUCUAGAAAUUACUGAGCUGCCAGAAGGCAUAACUCGUACGGAAGCAGAGAAACUCUUUGGAGAACUGUUGAAGGUGGGUGCCAAGAUCCGGUGGCUGAGGGACUCGCAGUGCCUGCAGGCGCAGCAGCAGCGGCGCCUCUGCGGCGACGGCAGCGCCGGGGACUUGGCGUCCACCUACACGGUGCUGGCCACCUUCCCCAGCAUGGCGGCCGCGCAGAGCGCGCUCAAGAGACAGAGCGGCAGCAAGUUCCGCCUGCGGAGCAGCAAGAAGCACUACGACUGCCACGUGCUGGAGAGGGCCAGCUCGCAGUAGCGCCGACGCCGCUGCACACGCGGCCCUCGCUCCUCCCGUGUCCUCCCCAAACUCCAUUGGUUUGAUGUCAUGGGGUUUCUGUUCUCUUCACACAGACUCCUGGGAUGUUUUGUCACAUGACCUUUGCCAUUGAAGAAUAAAUAACCCAGUGAAUCCAGCAAGAUGAAGAAAAAAAUUUACAGAGUUACUCCCAGACAAUAGCAAGGAAUCAUCUUUGCGACAGGCAGCUUUCUGCAAGGAAUGCUGCUGAAAUGCCCCCUACUUUUAUAGUAGUUUUGUUUUAUAUUUUUGAAAUCUUGUAUCAGAUCCAAAGUUCUAUUGUACAGCAGAUGUUCAUAAAAAUCCAUAUGCAGAUUUGUAUUUUAUAAUCCCUUUUCACAGCCAGCACACAGCAGUCCAUUCCAAGGCAGGAACCUGAGGAUUGGUGGAGGGGAAAAGAGAACCAUUCUCAAGGAAUUCUACUCAUUUUCUAGCAAACUACCCAAGAUCUUCCAGUUAACCUGUUCUUUGCCCCUUGUGUGUUUUUUCUUUUUUCCUCUUUUCUUCCUUCUUUUUCUGUUUUUUCUUUAAGAAAAAAAGAAUAUCAUUUUAGUAACUAACUCCUUAGGUGGUCCUUGUCUUUUGCAACAUAUUCAAACAAUGUCAAAAGAAAUUACAAGUUUGUACCCUUGAAGAAUUUGCUUCUGAUCCAGCAAGUUUAAUAAUUACUAGAAGGGGAUUAUGAAUAGGUUACAAAGAAUGUUCACUGAAUCACAUUUUAAUAUUUCUUUUUAACAAAAGUGUGAAGAAACUUUAUGUAUCUUCACACAAGUGACAAAAUGUUUGCACUUUAAUUGUGUUCCCACCAGUAUGGGUCUCUUUCUCUUCCUUUUCACGCUAAGAUAAUUGUGUUUGGUAAGUGCUGGAAACCUUUUUAAUAGUUUAAGUUUUCAUCAUUUGCAGAUGCUCACUGGACAUUAAGAUUCAUUGCACAUAAAUGAAACAAAACUUUUUUCAACUUGUGUAAUUUGCAAGUCUGUACAAUGUGUGCUGAUGCAAGCCUUUUUCAGUUCAAAAGAAUAAAUGUUUACAAACACAAA